ACACCUUUGAAGGACAUAGGGUAUUGGCGACCUGCCCUGUGUCGGACCAUGGGUCUGUCUAGCCGAGGAGCUACAAGCGGUAGGCGACCUACUGCUGCUAUCCAGUUUGGGACUACAAAUCUCGUCAGCCCCAGCCAGCAGGAGAUUGUGGGAGUUGGGAGCCGAGAACAGCUGGAGGGCUCCCGGUUCUAUAGACCUGAGUGAGGUUGACUGGUAGGAGUUCUGCAGGGAUGCAGGUGACAUCUUCCUCGACUUCACCUGGAGAAGCCAGGAAUGGACCAAGGGACCUGUUGCAUGUAAUACAUGUGCUCUGCUGCCCUUCCGUGGUGACAGUGUCCACCAGUUUGGACAUCUUUGAAAGGGGACUGGACAAAUUCAUGCAGGAGAAGGCUGUCAAUUGCCUGUGUGUACCAGUAGCUAGGGAACAUGGGCAGGACUCUGCUGUUGCUCUCCUGUUCUGCAUCUUGGUUUCCCUGGGCAGCUGCUUGUCCACUGUGCGAACAGAAUCCUGGACUAGACAGACUCUUGGUCUGAUCCUACAGGGCUCUUCCUAUGUUGACUGCAAAUGCUCUGUUCUUACCCUAGAAUUGGCUAUUCCUGAUCUUGGGGGUCUCCCAGCCCAGCUGCCUAAGUCCUUUUAAGUGGAGAUACUUUGUGCAUGCAGAGCACUAGGGUUGGGGUACCUGGGAGGAAGUCAUGGAGUGUCCCAUCCAUCCAUCCAUCCUCUAUAUUUCAGUGCAUGGAUUCAAUAUUCAUAAAUAGCCUCAAGUAGUCCCUAGGUUGAACAGCGUUCAGACUUCGUUUUUCCUUGAGGGUGUGUGUGACAUACAUCAAGUACAAACCAAGAUAUUGUAGCAGAGGCUUUCAUGAACGGGAAUCUUUCAGAUGCAAGUGCAAGACAAUUUCCCUUUUAGGCACUGCUCAGCCCCACACCUCCCUAGGUUCUGCUUCACGUGCCAUGUGCUCAGCCAGGCCACACUCCUCCUGCCCCAGACAGUGGGGAUGGUAGUAGACCAAACAGCUUCAGAAUUUGUUUUUUUUACACAGCUUCUAUUGCUAUAAAGAAUUUUGCCAGUGAAAAGUUCAACAGGCUACCUCUAGGCUUUUGGUGAAUUACCCAGAACCUUAUCGCUCACAGAUUUUAGAUUAUCUUUUUAAGCCAAAUGUUGGUUCUGCUUUGCAAAUCCUCAAAGUGGAGAUCGGUGGUGAUGCACAGUCUACAGAUGGAACUGAGCCAUCUCAUAUGCAUUAUGAAGAUGAUGAAAAUUAUUUCCGGGGCUAUGAAUGGUGGCUGAUGAAAGAAGCUAAGAAAAGGAACCCUCAUAUUAAAUUGAUUGGGUUGCCCUGGGCUUUUCCAGGAUGGGUUGGGAAGGGAGAGAACUGGCCCUAUGAUCAUCCAGAUGUCACUGUUUAUUAUAUUGUCUCCUGGAUACUAGGUGCUAAAAAAUUUCAUGAUCUGGACAUUGACUAUAUUGGGAUCUGGAAUGAGCGCUCUUUUAACAGCAAAUAUAUCAAGCUUUUAAGAUACACUUUGGAUAAGCAAGAGCUUCAGCGGGUGAGGAUCAUAGCCAGCGAUAACCUGUGGCAACCCAUUUCGUUCUUCAUGAUGCUCGACCCUGAGCUUCGCGAAGCAGUCGAUGUUAUUGGGGCUCACUAUCCAGGGACAAGAACAGUGUGUUCUGCCUUGUUAACCCAGAAGAAACUCUGGGCCUCUGAAGACUACAGUACUUUCAACAAUGAAGUGGGUGCUGGUUGCUGGGCUCGAAUCCUUAACCAAAACUUUGUGAACGGGAACAUGACUGCCACCAUUGCCUGGAAUCUCGUGGCCAGUUACUAUCAAGAGUUGCCUUUUGGCCGGAGUGGUUUAAUGACGGCGCAAGAGCCAUGGAGUGGACACUAUACUGUGAAUGCUCCCAUAUGGAUCACAGCGCACACGACUCAGUUCACACAGCCAGGCUGGCACUACUUAAAAGUCGAUGGACACCUGGAAGCAGGUGGCAGCUAUGUGGCUCUGACUGAUGGACAAGGAAAUCUUACGAUCAUCAUUGAAACAAUGACACAUGACCACUCCAAGUGCAUCAGGCCUCCACUGCUUCCCUACUUUGUUUCACCCCAGAAAGCAUCUUUCUACCUCAAAGGAUCCUUUAGCAAACUGAAAUCUCUUCAGAUGUGGUAUUCUAAACUUGAAUUUACCUCAGCCAAUUCCACGCUGUUCAAGUUUCUUGGACCUAAAAAUGUCAGUGAAGGGGUGUUGACACUAAACCUUGGUCUUGAUGAGGUUUAUACUCUGACAACCUUGACAACAGGCCAUAAAAACAUUUUCCCAGAUCCACCUCCAUCCCAGCCUUUUCCGUCCAAUUACAAGGAUGAUUUCAAUAUCCGCAACCCACCUUUCAGUGAGGCACCAAACUUUGCUGAUCAGACUGGGGUGUUUGAAUACUUUGUAAAUACUUCUGCUCCAGAGGAACAUACCUUCACUCUCCGACAGGUGGUAACUCAGAGGCCAAUUACCUGGGUUGCUGAUGCAGAGAACACCAUCAGUGUUAUAGGCAGCUAUAAGUGGGUAAACCUAACAAUAACAUGUGACGUUUAUAUAGAAUCUGAGAAAGGAGGUGCAUUUGUUGCAGGAAGAGUUAACAAGGGUGGGACAUAUGUUAGAAGUGCUGAAGGUGUUUUCUUCUGGGUCUUUCCUGAUGGCACCUACCAAGUCACCCGUGAUCUCUUUGGUGAAAACAUCUUGAUGAAAGGGCUAUCUGGUGUGCGGCCUAAAGUGUGGCAUACACUCACUUUGAUUCUUACGGGCUCUAAUGCUUCUGGCAUGUUAAAUGGCUAUCCUCUCUGGGAGAAUGUGACUGUACAAGAUCCAGGGAACGGCUGGGCGGCUAUUGGGACACACUCUUUUGAAUUGACUCAGUUUGACAACUUUCAGGUUCAGGCCAGCUGAGACUUCUGUCACACAUCGUCAAGCCGACCUGUUUCUCCUUGGAACUAGAGCCAGUUGAAGCCUUGUAUAUUGCACUUGUUGGUAAAUGACAUUGACAGGGAAUUUUUGUUUCUUUCGCAUUGCUUUUUAAAAAAGCAUUCAACUUCCUCCUAAGUGUAAAUAUAUUUCUAUCAUCCCAACUAGGAUUUUCUCAGAAAUGCAACAUCUAUCUCCUGAAAGCAUUAGUUGAAUACUACCCAGAGAGCUUUGGCUAUUGGGUGGUAGAGAAUUAAUAAUGUCAAUAGUAAUAGUAAUAAGUCCACGAAGUUUUUUCUUCUGAAAGUCAUAAAUGGAAUUGUAACACUGCUUGUCUUUAAAUUGUUGGGAAUUUAAAGUUCCUAGCUUUAUUUUAAUAACUGUGCAACAGAAACCUCACAAAACUGCUAUUUUCAAAUCUUCCUGUAGCUAUUAAGUCCACUCCUUUUAUUAAGAUUCAUCUUUAGGGGAGAUAAUGUGCUUGGUGUAUCUGACUAUUAUGAAGUGCUGUAAUUUUAAAUACAUUUUUUCUCUUUUGUAUCUUAUCUGACAUGAUGAAAUAAAGAACUCCAUGAAUUGAAAUGCCUUCUCCCAGGAAAUGAGAGAUUUUGCUCCUAGUAACCUAAUGCCUUAGCACAGCUAUUUCUUUCCACUGAAGAAGAAACCAGUUGAUAGGUGGCUUGAAGUGCCUUAUUUUAAACUACCUCCCCAGUGAAGAGCAGUGUUGAAUGUUCCAGCCGCCCAUUCUACAUUUCGUGGCCCUGCAACUUGCUUUGUCUUUUGUUCCCUCUCUGCUUAUCUGCUUCUGUAGGUCGUUGGAAGGAGAAAAGAUCUCUAAAGGAUUGCUGGUGAAAAUUUGUGGCCAUUUCACACAUGAAAGUGCCCCCACACAAUCACUUUGAGUACAUUCAAAGCCAGCUUCACAGCUUCAUAUGUUCAUGUGAAUCGGUCUGUCCAUGUGGCUGCCUGAGCAUUUACAACACUGGUGAUAAUGGAUUGGUGAAAGCCCACUUCACAAUUUUCUCCUCCCUGUGCUAUUGCCCCAGAUCUGCUCUGGAGGGUCCCUCAAGCCCCCUGAACAGAAGUGGGAGGAUACAUAGGAGAAGGAGGAAUCCAGACCACCAGCAGUUCCCUUGUGCUGGUGGAAUGACAUUGUUUGAUACAGCUCACUUUCUCAAGGUGGAAAUGCUUCACACAAAUCGCUCCACCACAAAACCAGCGGUAGCCGCUUCCUCAUUUCUACUGAAAUCGAACUGAUGCAUGUUUGGCACUGAGUGUUACAGGAGUGAGCCAACUUGAGAACUCUGCUAUGUCAAACUUUGAGGUCUAUGAAGUAGUGUCAGGCGAAACUUGGAAGGAAGAACCAAAUACAAAAUGAUGGGUGAGGGGUAGAGCUGGUCACCUGCUGCUAUUGUACUUUAGGAGCAAUAUACUGACUGUACAAGUACACAGCAGUUAACUGAAUCACUACAGAUAAAGGAUUCUGACGCAAAGCUGGGCUUUAGAACAGCACAAAAGCCUUGCUAAAUGUACCUGUAUUUUACAGGCAAGAAACACUGAAGCCAAGAGAUAAUCCAUUUGUCAGACUGAUGUUUGUUAGUUUUUUAGGCUGCUUUUGUUAAACGGUUGGCCAUCAGAAAACCAAUCUACUGCAAAUCACUCAGAGAUUUGCCACUAGUUUCUGAUUUACUUUGUGACCACCGUUUAACUUCACAAAUUCUCUCUUGCUCCUUCCUCUUCCAAAGUUGCUAAGUUACGGAAAGGGGUUCUUUGCAACAAGCAGCCAGGCUCUUAAAACCACACUACUCUGUGAUAAAAUAGCUCAGUAUGUUGUCUGUUUGGAUUUCUUCCCUGAGGUUGCCAACUUGUCAUACACACUGCAUAAAGCUAACUUGUGUUUUCAAACUAUAUGUUGGCCUAGUUGCUAGCUCUAGAAAAUGUCCCCAUUAAGCACCACUCCUCCCCAGACUUUCAGUUUGAAGAAGAUUCCUCUGGUGGAGGAACAGUUCAGAUAUUGCAUUUUAUUUCAUUAGACCAAGCCUUUUGCUUGGGCUCUUGGCCCCUUCACUGUUAAACCAAGAAACCUCAAAUUAACUAUAGUUUCCUUCUCCUCCAAACUAGAAAGGUGUGGUUACAACAAGCCAGGAUAUUAGAUCAACUUCAAACUGUGGCUUGUUAUGUAGCAUGUGAUAUUGUUUCCUGAUUUAGAUAAAAUGGGAAACUAUGCUUAAUUUGUAGUUCACAUUUAAUAAUGAAAUAGGUUGGUAAGAAUGUGGUAACACGGGAUCAUUACUUUAUGUAUUGAUGUUAUAUGAGCUUCCUAUCAUGUUGGCCAUAAUAGUUUCUUUAAUUUCAUUACUUGUUCAAAUGGUAACAGUAAUUUUUCCUUUAAACACUUGUAAUACAUAGCAGUAAAUCCAUCAGGACCAGGUGCAUUAUCGUUCUUUUAAUUUUCUAAUGUUCUAGGUUUUUUUUCAAAUUUAUUAAAAUUAAUUAAAUUUAUUAAAAUUAAAAAUACUGACUUCAGAAGAUGAAAUGGAGCAGUAUAUAAAAGAAACAUGUCUUGAGAAAUCCAGCUCUGAGCAGAGGAAAAUACUGAAUGAUACUAUUCGAGACCUAUGCCACAUGCCAUUAGAGACCAAUAUUUUGCUUGAGUCCCUGUCCUGCUUUUGAGUGUGGUCAUUUAUAGUACAACAAAAUUUACCAGUUUUACCUUGUCAAGAGAAAAUAUUUUCAAUUUCUUUUGAUCCCUAUGUCCUGUGUAUUGUGUGCACAUGUGUACCAAAGCUUUAGAAGUUAUAUAUAUGGAGAAACUUCCAAAGGGUAUUUCUAAGUGUUUCACAUAAAAUCGGAAGCCUUAUGCUAAGGACUGAUACUGGCCAAGCUUGCUGAUCUCACCAGACUACAAAAAUAGAACUCGAGAUGUUGAUUACAGCAUUUCAUCUUUUGUAGCUUUUAAAUGUAAGGUCAUAAUUGACUUUAUUGUUUCCAAAGACUUAAUUUUUUUAAAAAAAUCCCUUUUCACUGUAUUAACAGAUGGUUCUAUUUUUGCAUUGUGUACUAAAUGGUAGCAUAAUCAAGAGUUUGGUUCCUUGUUGUUCGAGUUUAAGUGUGCUCAUUGGGUUAAUGUUUGCUUGGUGUUUGCCUUACUUAAUUUAUAACAGGUUGCCUUGAAGUUUCCACAAAAGGCCAAUGUAUGUGACUGUCAAAAUGCAAUGUUUCAAACUGGAAAAAUAAAUGUUGUUAAAAGCA